AUGCCCGAGGAUGCCGUGGCUGAUCUGGUUACAGCACGUCUGCAGAAACCAUUUCGCAUCCCCAGCCAGGACGGGCUUCGUAACCGGCACCGGAUGGUGACUGCUCUUCGGCCCCCACUGUCUGAACGGCCUCACCAUGAGCUCCGGAUUCCUCUUGGCCGUCACGUGCCUCAGUGUCCUCUCCCAGAGGUGAGCUCUGCUGCCCAGGGGCUGACUUUCCUGUGGGUGUCUGUGCUGGUGCGUGUCCAGGGGGGCCAGCUCCGCACGGAGGUGGGCAGGAGCGAGAAGCUCUCCCUGCCUGGCUUUGACAACCUCACGGCCGGCUACAACAAAUUUCUCCGGCCCAAUUUUGGUGGAGCUCCGGUUCAGAUCGCACUGACUCUGGACAUUGCCAGCAUCUCCAGCAUUUCAGAGAGCAACAUGGACUACACGGCCACCAUCUACCUCCGCCAGCGCUGGACAGACCCGCGGCUGGUAUUUGAAGGCAACAAGAGCUUCACUCUGGACGCCCGCCUGGUGGAGUUCCUCUGGGUGCCUGACACGUACAUUGUGGAGUCCAAGAAGUCCUUCCUGCAUGAGGUCACCGUGGGGAACAGGCUCGUCCGCCUCUUCUCCAACGGCACGGUCCUGUAUGCGCUCAGAAUCACAACCACUGUUACCUGUAACAUGGACCUGUCCAAAUACCCCAUGGACACACAGACCUGCAAGCUGCAGCUGGAGAGUUGGGGCUAUGAUGGGAGCGACGUGGAGUUCGCCUGGCUCCGGGGCAACGAUUCUGUGCGCGGCCUGGAGAACCUGCGGCUGGCCCAGUACACGGUGCAGCGCUACUUCACCUCGGUCACCACGUCCCAGCAGGAGACAGGAAAUUACACGCGGCUGGUCUUGCAGUUUGAACUGCGGAGAAACGUGUUGUACUUCAUCCUGGAAACCUACGUCCCCUCCACUUUCCUGGUGGUGCUGUCCUGGGUCUCCUUCUGGAUCUCCCUCGACUCCGUUCCCGCAAGAACCUGCAUUGGGGUGACCACAGUGCUCUCCAUGACCACGCUGAUGAUCGGCUCCCGCACGUCCCUGCCCAACACCAACUGCUUCAUCAAAGCCAUCGACGUGUACCUGGGCAUCUGCUUCAGCUUCGUGUUCGGAGCCCUGGUGGAGUACGCCGUUGCGCACUACAGCUCCUUACAGCAGGUGGCAGCCAAAGACAGGGGGGCGGAGAAGGAGGUGGAGGAAGUCAACAUCACCAACAUCAUCAACAGCUCCAUCUCCAGCUUCAAGGGGAAGAUCAGCUUUGCCAGCAUCGAGAUUUCUGGUGACAAUAUCGGCUACAGCGACCUGACCAUGAAGGCCAGCGACAAGUUCAAGGUCAUCUUCCGGGAGAAAGUCGGCAGGAUUGCAGAUUGCUUCACCAUUCAGAACCCCAGCAACGUGGAUCGAUACUCCAAGCUCCUGUUCCCUUUGAUUUUUAUGCUGGCCAAUGUGUUUUACUGGGCAUACUACAUGUAUUUUUGAGAUGACCUGUCACGGGCAUUCAGGAGGGUACCGUGAGGUCCAGGCUACUCUAGGGCCGCCGAUGUAAGCCUAGCAUGACAGGGCCUUGCAACAGAAACCUCAUUCAACUCUGUGAAGGAAGUCCUGGGGCAGCCGGGACUAUCACCCAGAGCUGUUCACCGCGGCUGCCCGUCUGUGUUUACCACCUUAGGA